AGUCUGUUAAUGGUCUAUAACCACUAGUGAGAAGCUAGGAAGGAUGAGUGGUCAGGACCUGGUCACUUUGAAUGUGGGAGGGAAGAUAUUCACAACAAGGCUCUCUACCCUCACGCAGUUCCCUGCUUCUCGGUUGGCAGGCAUGUUGGAUGGCAGAGACCAAGAGUUCAAGAUAGUUGAUGGCCAGAUUUUUGUGGAUAGAGAUGGUGUUUUAUUCAGUUUCAUUUUAGAUUUUUUGAGAAAUCAUGAGCUUCUGUUACCCUCGGACUUUUCAGACCAUCAUAGGCUUCAGAGAGAGGCUCUUUUCUAUGAACUCGAUUCUCUUGUUGAUCUCUUAAGCCAAUACCUGCUCCAAUCAAGAUCUGCUGUCAUGGAGGUGCAUUUCCUAAACCGAAAUACUCAAGCCUUCUUCAGAGUGUUUGGCUCUUGCAGCAAAACAAUUGAGAUGUUGUACAGGAGGAUUACAAUGUUUGUAGAGUGGCCUACAGCACUGGCCAGGAACAGUAACUCCUCACUGGCUUUACCUCCACAAAGACCUUCUCACCAUGACCUGCUUUUCCACUGUGGCUCUGCCGGCACUGCUGAGAACCAUGCUGGAGUCAGGUACAUUUCUAUAAAGCCUGACAAUCGAAAAUUGGCCAAUGGAACAAAUGUCUUGGGCCUACUGGUUGACACUUUAUUAAAGGACGGCUUUCGUCUGGUCAGCACUAGAACACCGGCCUCCGGAGACAAAAGUGAAUGUUAUGUCUUUGAAAGGAUAAAAAGCCCUCAAGUCCUUGGGAUGAAUAAAACACCCAAAUCAGAAAUUACCACCAUGCCACUGCCAUCUCAGAAGUGACACUGUUCUUUGGAAAUUCCAUAUCGGGGCAUGCAUGUCACAGUUGUACUCGGUCUAACUUUGGGUUCCCCAGCAGUGCUUAAAGCCAUCCUGCCUGUUCUCUUAAAGCAGCACUGCACUUUGUGCUUUGGCACUUGCUCCUUUCGCCAUGAACUAUCAUACCUUGUAGAAAUAGGCUCUGGACUUGGACUGUGUCUAAUCCCAGUUUACUCAUUUAUUAGCUAUGUAACAUUUCUGGGUUUUAACUUUUAUCUAUUAACUGGGGACAAAAAAAAGUCUCUCCCCUCAUAGGGUUAUGAGGGUGGUGGUUAAAGUCCUCAUUAUGUUGCCUGGCAUGUGGUAGGCAUUCAGUAACUGUUAUUAAUGAUAAUGAUCAUGGGUCACUUGCUUUCAAACCCAUCUUUUCUCCAGAGCCUUGUCUUUUCCCUUGCCUUUUGUUUCUCUGCAAUGUUAGUGCCUUAGGGUUUUAUUGCUGUAAGGAGACUCCAUGGCCAUAGCAACUCUUAUAAAGGCAAACAUUUAAUUGGGGCUGGCUUAUAGUUUCAGAGGUUUAGUUCAUUAUCAUCACAGUGGUAAGCAUGGCAGUAUCCAGACAGACAAGAUGCUGAAAGAGCCAAAGAGCUGUACAUCUUGAUCCUUAGGCAACAGAAGGGAACUGUGUGUCACACUGAGCAUAACUUGAGCAUAGGAGACCUCAAAGCCCACCCCUAGAGUGACAUACUUCCUCCAGCAUUGCCACACCUAAUAGUGCCACUCUCUAUGGGCCAAGCAUUCAAACACAUGAGUCUAUUGGGGGCCAUACUUAUUCAAACCACCACAGUCAGUGACUGAACCCUCAUGCAUACGAAGUAAGACCUCUAGGACUAUGACUGUACCCCUCAGCAGAUAAUCCUUCUGUAUAGACUUAUAUAUCAUCAUAAAACCAGGUCUUCUUCA